AUGACAACAGCUAAGGUAAUGCCUAUGGCAGCACAGCCUUCCGCAGCUUCUUUUCUUGUAACCACACAUGCCAAUUCAUAUGUAGGAGGUUUGAAGACACAAGAAUCAGCGGCUUCAAUGGCUCCCACAUCUAUUGGAUCAUUUGUUGUAGCUAAGAAUGACGACCCACAUACUGAUGAACCAAAUGCUGAUGACACAGAAUCAUACUUUAACAAAUUCAGUGUUUGUUGUGAAUGUUCCAUUCGAACUACAUUAAUAAUUCUCAUCUCAAGUUUAGUCUUACUCAGUAUUGUGAUUGUUGUAGCAACUUUCUGUGCAUCCUUCCUUCCAGGAUUCCUCUCAGUUAGUAAUGACAAACGAGAUAAUGACUUUUUAAAUAUUGUAAACUUUUCAGAGAAAACAUUGAAAGAAUUGGUCAUUACUAAUAAGGUUACACAAAUGCAAUUUGAAGCAACCUAUUCAAUGUAUAAUUACGAAGAUACCGAGUUGAAAAUAUUCAGAGCAUUCAAAGCAGAACAUAUUUACCAUGAUGAAAUAUUCGUGACGACAUAUGUUGGCGAUAGUUAUGGAACAGCAAUUUGUAUCAUGAAGUGGACAGAUGGGCCAGCCUACUUGAAUAUUUCACUUGUUCAUAACGAGUUUCACUAUUGCAAAGAUUGGGAGAACACUAACUUUUGCAACAGGUCUGUAACUCCGGACAUAUCUGAUAAUCCCUUCGAUUUAUCAUACCUUGUGCAGGUUUGUAAUGAAAAUCCCGGAAAGGUGGUGUAUUCAGAGAGUUAUGCUGAUCCUUCUAUGCCAGAUAUGACUUUUAUUACACUGCUGAAUUGCGUUCCUAAAAAGACAAACAAUGUGAAACCAGGAAGUACUUUUGAGUAUUACUAUGCUAUUGAUACAACAACAUCCACAAUUUCUUCAAAUCUGAAAUCAUCUACGAAACAGAUAGAAGGAUCCCAUGCAUACAUUGUUGAGGCCAACACUGGUUUCAUGAUAGCAAACCAUGAACUGAUAAGACUUAAACCUAAUGAGUGUGCAAAUGAGGAAAUUAGAGUAGUGGAUGAAAGAAUUAAAGAAUUAUUCCCUAAGGGUUAUAGCACUAUAGAUGAAGGAAAGGUGUUUUCUUCUACAGCUGAUGAUCAUUUUGUUCUAUUCAAAAGAUUAAGGACAGAUUAUGGAAUCGAUUGGGUAUUCGUUCUGGCAGCUCCAACAUGGAAUUACAAUGCACCAAUUGGUAUUGCACUUAUUGCUUCAUUUGGAGGUAGUAUUAUUGCUAUCCUAAUCAGUGUAAUUGCUGCUGUUGUAGUUUCUGUGAGGUUGGUGAAACCAUUCCAUGUCUUGAUUGAAAUGAUUACUUCCAUUUCGACAAUUGAUAUAGAACCUGCAGAUCUUUCAAAUACUAUUUUCACAGAGGUCAGAGAACUUCAAUACCAAUUUUAUCAAGUGGUGAAGAGGUUGAAAUUGUAUAGAUCGUUCAUUCCUCCCCAUUUAAUUCAGGAAAUUGAAAAACUGGAAAAUGAAACUGAUGAAUCAAAGCAAAAUGAUAUGAUCAAGCAAGUAUCUCAUCAAAAUGGCCUCCUUCAAAAAGGAUCAAGUACCUCUCUUAUGUCUGCCUCUGGUCACAACUUUUCCUCAAGAAAGAAAAAGAUGUCCAAAUCCACUCUGAACAGAUUUGCAUUGUAUCUCGAAAAACGAGUUGUAACUGUUAUUUACAUGUCUAUGGAUGGUAUAUUGGAUUGUCUUGAUGUUAUGGAGCAUUCAGAUAUUGUUUUCAUGCUUGGUGACGUUUUUGAACAAGUGAAUCAAAUAGGAAAAACAACUUCUGGUUUAGUUUACGGAUUUGAAAAUGGAGCCUUAAUGAUUGCUUUCAAUGCUUCAUCUAAUCAAGUAGCACAUCAAGAAAAAGCAGCCACAACCACUCUCACAUUGAUUGGAAAAUUGGAUAACGUGAGAAAAACCAAGUGGACUCAAGCUCACUCAUUCAAAUCUAGCAGACAAAUUUCUUACAUGUUGGAUAAUAUUUCUUUCAGAUUCUGUAUUACUUCAAGGGAAUCCACCUGCGGAAAUGUUGGUACAAACGAUGCCAAGAUAUUUAGUAUUUUCGGAAACUUGAGACAGGAAUUUGAACUGAUGGCUUCAGUGGCAAGAGAAGUUGGAGUCCAAGUGCUUGUAACAGAACAAAUUUACCAAGUGGUAAAUCAAGUAUUUGUAUUGAGAUACAUUGAAUCUAAGGAAAUGUCACUUCCAUUCCCUUCUGUUCAAGAAUCAGAUUCUCGUGGCAAGGAAGAGUGUCAUCUUUACGAACUUAUUGAAAGCAAGGUAGUUCAGAAUGAUGAAUGGAUGUUUGAAUUGGAAGAAAAGAAGAGAAAAGAAAAGUGGAAACUUUACAAUGAAGCAUGCACCUUUUACAAAGAUAAGAAACUGGACCAUGCGUUGGAUUUGUUAAAAAUCUUCUUAUCAGACCAGCCAAAUGACAGACCAACUCAACACUUAAUUGCUGCAUGUCUGCACAAAUUACAAGAGAGUGACAAACAUUCUAAUAAAUAA